UGGAACGCUUCGGCUGCACUCGUGUGCACUCGGCUUUGUCCGGCGCGAAGACUUGUAGCAAAACAAAGCACGAGGGGAGGCCAUUCUUUCUUCGGCGGCUCUUUCGUUUGAAAGGACAACAGUCUGUGUUACACUCGGGUGUGUUUCUUUGUGUUGCCGCGUCUUCUCGUGCCCCGCACUCUUGUGCUCGCCGUCCCGUGACUCUUCGGGUCAAUUCGGCUGUUGUCGUUCGCCGGAGGAAUGGACGAGACGGAGUCGGCGACGAAGGCGCUCGGGCUGCAUGAACCGCCCAUCGUCGGCGAGCCCUCGGCGGUGGGCUCGGAUACCGAGUCGGACGCCGAAGUUGCCACUAUGGCGGUGAUGGCGGCGCCGGGAAACAUCGACCUGGAAGCCGAGUGCCUGCCGAACUCCGACGAGGCCGAGUCGGCUUUUGCAGACGUUUCCACGGUAACGGUGUCAGACGUUCAGGCCGAUGACGACGACAGCGUUUUCAACACCACAGUGGACGCCGCUGCAAACCUCCCUGAACACGUGCUGAGCGGGAGGACCACCCUUGAACUGCAGACGGACCCUCUCAGCAGCCAGAAGACAACUUUGAUCGUGGUCCACAGAGACUCUGGCAUCAUGGACGACACCUGCCUCAAGUCCACCUCCACUAUCUCGGACCCGCCGACUCCGCCCACUCCACUGACUCCUCCCCAAGACAAAGACUCCGCCUCCAAGUACAACUGGGAUCCUUCAGUGUACAACAACGAGCUUCCUGUGCGCUGCAGAAACACCAGCGGGGUCCUCUACAAGAACCGCCUGGGUUCAGGGGGUCGAGGUCGCUGCAUCAAACACGAGCAGCAGUGGUUGACGCCCACAGAGUUCGAGGGUCUGGCAGGUCGGGCGAGCAGCAAAGACUGGAAGAGGAGCAUCAGAUAUGCAGGAAGACCUUUGCUCUGCCUCAUCCAGGACCGCAUGUUGAACCCUCACGCCGCCUCGUGCACCUGUUCCGCCUGCUGUGACGACAUCACUUUGUGUUCCAAGGAGGGCGAGAGUGUGGAAGCAGAAGCCAUCACCAUGAACGGUCCAGUCCGCCUCUUCGUGCCCUACAAGAGGAGGCGGAAAGAAACGGAGUCGCCGUCCCUUCCCAGCAAAAAGGAAGUUCCUGCGGCCAAGAACAUCACGCUGACCUCUGGGAUCACAUUCACGGUCAACCCCACGGGCCACAUCACUUCCCCCGGCACGCUGACCUUUGAACGCCUCGCCAACAACGACUCCAGCGCCGCCAUCAUCGCAGACGCCUCGGCGCCGAGCGACGUGUUCGCCGGCACGGCAGUGCUGACAGCCUUGCCGGCCCUGGCGGUGUCCCCCCAGGCCAAGAUGGCGUUGGCGACCCCCUCGGCCUCGCUGGUCAGGACGCUGGAGGCGGCGGCCAUGGUGCCGUCGCUGAGCGAGGUCCAGAAGAACCCCUGGCAGGGCCUGGAAGACCUGGCCAACACGCUGAUGAGCAACGUGCAGCAGCUGAAGGUGCUGAUCGACCAGGCCAAGAGGGACGCCGCUGGGGUCAAAGGUCAGAAGGAGUCGUUCCACAGUGGGAUGUGUUUCCACCCAUCAGACGAUCUAGAAGGCAAGCGGAACUCGGACAUGACUGAACUCAUCAUUAAUCAGAUGUGUGUGAACUGUGGACGUCUGGCCUUGAACCAAUGUACUGGUUGUCAUAAAGUCAACUACUGCUCCCCCUUCUGCCAGAGGAAGGACUGGAAAGACCACCAACACUGCUGUCAGCCAGGAGGGGGAGGAGCCAUCCAGGAGGAGGAGCCAAUCAGCCUGGAUAAAGUGAAGUGACACCGGCUUGCCUGGAGACAUUUGUAUUUAUUUCCAAGAUGAACUUGAGGUGCA